AUGUACACGUUUGAUCAGGAGAAAGAACGCAAUCAUGAACAGGAGCGAAACCGUGACCGAGACCGAAUCCGCGAUCGCGAACGUUCUCGCACGCGUGAGCCAAUACGUGCUACUCCACCUCUUUUUACGUCAAUACCUUCUAGCACAAGAUCUUCAUCCUUUCGCCAUCCUACCUCUAGCUUGCUUUCUUCUCCGCGGCCCGCGCAGCCGUAUUCCUCUUGUGCACACAUUUCGCCGCCACCGGUUUUAUCAGUUAUCUCUAAUACCAUGACGACCUCGAAUUCAUCGUCUCAGCUCCAGAACGAGACGACAGCCCCUGUGUCACAGGUGCUUGGUCAUCCGUACCUGAUAGGCAAUCCAGCCUAUACUGCAGCGCUCACAGAUGCAUCUGUCUUUAAUCGUCACAUCGUUCGAGCUCGCCUUCUCCGGUUGCCCUUUAUUGAUGCUGCAACUCGACAGGCUCAAUAUCCCGUGCCGUUGCUUUAUCGCAGACCGCUAUCUUCAUCCUGCAUUUGUCCAACUUCCCAGUUAUCUACUCAUGUUGGUAAGGAUUCAUUAUGCUUCAGUGCUUCUCUGUACAGGGUACCAGGUAAAAGAUGCUGUGAUUCUUUAGUUGGUUCGUUUCUCGCAAGUAUAAGUUAA